AUGGCCAAUGAGUUUGCCAAGGCCCAGGCCAGGUGGGCUGGCAAAGACACAGUUUUCAGGAAGACCAUUCACAAGGAAAUCCCAGCCAAAAUCAUUUUUGAGGAUGACCAGUCUCUUGCUUUCCAUGACCUUUUCCCUCACGCAACAACACAUUUUUUGGUGAUACCCAGGAAACAUAUAUCCCAGAUCCCUGUAUCAGAAGGUGAUGAUGAAAGUCUUCUUGGACAUUUAAUGAUGGUUGGCAAGAAAUGUGCUGCAGAUCUGGGCCUGAAGAAGGGUUAUCGAAUGAUGGUGAAGGAAGGUGCAGAUGGGGCACAGUCUAUCAUGUUCAUCUCCAUGUUUUUGGAGGUUGGCAGAUGA